AUGCUGCUCUGGCAGGUUACAGUGGAGUGUCUGAGAGGCACUCGUUUACUUGUUCAGGGUGAUAAAGUGGUGAAGAGGGAGGAUCCAGACUUCCCUUCAAGGUGUGCAAGUAAGGACUUACCUCCAAAAAAAGAAACAGAAAUAUCCCAAUGGAAAAUGACUGAUAGGCUUGAAAGCUGUGAUCUUGAGGGGUCCAUUUCCAGGAAUUAUUUGGAAGUUAAUGGCAAAUUGGAGAGGCAACAAGAAAACCAAGAAGAAUAUAUUAGGGAAGGGAUGAUCACAUAUGAAAAAAUGGCCAUUUUCAACCAGCAUACUUAUUUAUCUCAACAUCCAAGAUGUCAUUCUACUGAGAAGCCCUAUAAAUGUAAGGAAUGUGGGAAAGCCUUUAGACGAGCUUCACACCUUACUCAACAUCACAGUAUUCAUACUGGUGAAAAGCCCUAUGAAUGUAAGCAAUGUGGGAAGGCCUUUAGUCGUGAUUCACAGCUCAGUCUUCAUCAGAGACUUCAUACUGGUGAGAAACCCUAUGCAUGCAAGGAAUGCGGGAAGGCCUUUACUCAGAGCUCACAACUUAUUUUGCAUCAUAGAAUUCAUACUGGUGAAAAACCAUACAAAUGUGAAGAAUGUGGGAAAGCCUUUAUUCGUAGCUCACAACUUACCCGACAUCAAAAAGUCCAUACUGGUGAGAAACCUUAUGAAUGUAAAGAAUGUGGGAAGGCCUUUACUCAGAACUCACAACUUACUCUGCACCAGAGACUUCAUACUGGCGAAAAACUCUAUGAAUGUAAAGAAUGUAGAAAGGUCUUUACUCAGCUCUCACAACUUAUUCUACAUAAGAGAAUUCAUACUGGUGAGAAACCCUAUGAAUGCAAGGAAUGUGGGAAAGCUUUUAUUUGUGGCUCACAACUUUCUCAACAUCAGAAAAUCCACAAUGGAGAAAAACCAUAUGAAUGUAAUGAAUGUGGAAAGGCUUUUAGUCGGGGCUCAUUACUUAUGCAACAUCAGAGGAUUCAUACUGGUGAAAAACCCUAUAAAUGUGAAGAAUGUGGGAAGGCUUUCAUCCGUGGCUCACAACUUACCCAACACCUGAGAAUUCAUACCAAUGAGAGGCCCUACGAAUGUAAGGAAUGUGGAAAAACCUUUAGUCAUGGCUCACAACUUACUCAACAUCAGAGAAUUCACACUGGUGAGAAACCUUAUCAAUGUAAGGAAUGUGGAAAGGCCUUUAAUCGUGGCUCACUUCUUACUCGACAUCAGAGGAUCCAUACUGGUGAGAAACCCUAUGAAUGUAAAGAAUGUGGAAAGACCUUUAGUCGUGGCUCGGAACUUACUCAACAUGAAAGAAUCCAUACUGGUGAGAAACCAUAUGAAUGUAAGGAAUGUGGCAAGUUUUUCAUUCGUGGCUCACAGCUUACUCAACAUCAGAGAAUUCAUACUGGUGAGAAACCUUAUGAAUGUAAAGAAUGUAGAAUGGCUUUUACUCAGAGUUCACAUCUUUCUCAACACCAGAGACUCCAUACUGGUGAGAAACCCUAUGUAUGUGGUGAAUGUGGGAAAGCCUUUGCUCGUGGCUUACUACUUAUACAACAUCAGAGAAUUCAUACUGGUGAGAAACCAUACCAUUGUAAGGAAUGUGGGAAGGCCUUUGUUCGAGGCUCACAACUUACUCAACAUCAACGAAUUCACACUGGAGAAAAACCCUAUGAAUGCAAGGAGUGUGGGAAGGCCUUUAGUCAUGGCUCUCAACUUACUCUACAUCAGAGAAUUCAUACUGGUGAGAAGCCCUAUGAAUGUAAAGAAUGUAGAAAGGCUUUCACUCAGAGCUCACAUCUUUCUCGACAUCAGAGAAUUCAUACUGGCGAGAAAUUGUAUCAUUGCAAGGACUGUGGGAAAGCCUUUACUCGUGGCUCACAACUAACUCAACAUCAAAGAAUUCAUAUCAAUGAGAAAUCUUUUGAAUAUAAAGAAUGUGAGAUGAACUUUAAUUAUGGCUCAAAAGUUUAUAUAUGA